AUGACGGAUGUAAAUCAAUCACCUACUACCACAACAGAGGAUCAAGAGAAAAAACAACAAGAAGAAGAAUAUAACAAUUUGAUAAAUUCACUACCUACAAGAUGGGAAAUUGAAUUAGAAUUCAUACAAUCAUUAUGUAAUAUACCUUACUUAAGUUAUUUAGCCCAAAACAAUUAUUUAAAAGAUGAAAAUUUUAUAAACUAUCUCAAAUACCUACAAUAUUGGAAAAAUCCAGAAUAUUCUCGAUUUUUAGUAUACCCUAAUUGUUUACAUAUUUUAAAUUUAUUACAACUGGAAGAAUUUAGACUGGCAAUUGUAAAUCCUGAUGUCAUGAAUGUAUUAAUGAAUGAUAUGGUUAAAAGAUGGCAAAAUGAUGAUAAGAAUGGGAAUGAUGUAAUAGAAAGUAAAUAA